AUUUAGGCCCACAUCUCAGAUGAUGUUUAUGUGGUUCUGAAUGUGAUAGUAUUUUCCACUUAGUUCUGUAUGCGUGAACAAAGCUUUAGACGUGGAAAGUGGAAAAGCCACAUUUUCAUAUAAAUAAGAUUGUCAAAUCUCCAUUAGUUCCAAUAUUUAUAUCUUCUAGGAUAUGUGUCCGACUCAAACAUUUUUACAUAAGUGUAGACUGUUCAUACAUUUGCAGGACUGAAAAUGAAAGUAACAUGGUGACUUCUCUAAAUUCUGUAUUUACACAUGCAAAUGUUGUGAGAAAUUAGAGCGAUUGUUCAGACCACCUAAUCACCUCUUGCCAAAAAUAUUUAGAUAUAUAUAGGUCCUUUAGAAAUUGGAAUUCCACACUAAUUUAGACGGAACAGGUAUUCUUCAAACUGGUCAUAACAAAUCCUUCAAUUUUGAAAUUUCCUGGUUAUAAUCUACACAACCCAAGACUGGUUAAUCUAAAUACCAAAUCUGAGGGUUUGGGGCCCAUGUUGACGUGGCAGAGGUAAGAUAUUUUUUACUUUAAUAAGAAAAACUUAGACAAGGUAUUUUAAAGUCAAAUUUACUAAAAAUGAUUCCUGUUAUUACACAUUCUCUUAAAAAUGUGGCUAAGGUGUAAAUUUUUUUUUCUAGGAUUCUGCAAAUGGUUAAAUCGCAAACAUUUGAACUUGGGUUAAAUUGUUUACCUGAAAUACUAGCAUUUACAUUAUUGCACCCCAAAGGGGGCUCUACACAAGACAGUUAAAACUUAUUUUGACCUGAAGCUGUUAAGAAAAAAAAAAAAAAGAAGAAAGCAAAGCAAAAAAAAAAAAAAAAAAAAAAAAAAAAGAGUUGACUCUCUUCGGCUGCCGGGAAGGAGAAAAGAAGGUCCUUUGGUGGCGGAGCUACAUCUUCCAAGUAGGUAUUAUUUUAAUUAAAGGCUAAAGGUGUUUUUGUGAUUCUAUUCAAAACACGCAUACAGGGUGUUUUUCAGGAAGACACUGAGAAAGCAAGAAAAACAAUUCAAAAUGGGGAGGAAGGAAUGGAGAGUCAGGAAAUAAUGAAAUAAAAUUAGUUUCUCUGAACCAAAAAGAGUACUUAAAAAGUGUCUCUAACAGAGGAAAAAAAUCCUCUUAAUUGCUGCCUGCACCUUAUUUUCCUUCCCUCAAGCGGCAUCCUUAAUGUGAAUUUUUAGAGACUGCGUUUUAGGAGUGUAGGGCCAGGAAGAAGUGGAUGCUCGCCGCGCCAGGCACGUUCACAGGAACGCAGCCCCCAAGUCACCGGGUGGAUCCUUUACACGUCUGUGUCAACGCUCCAAGUGCGUCCCCGAGAUUCGGAGCGUCCCUUCCCUGGUCCCGGACCGCUGGGCCCGCCGCGGGCGUCCCUCUGAGGGGUCGCGGCAGCCGGCGCCAGCCAAACCCUGCUCCGCUCCCCCGGCCACUGCGCCGUCGUCUCCCCAAACUGCCCCGAAGCCCCGCUCCCGCCUGCCGCGGCAGUUGCGGCGUCGGGCUGGCUGGCGCCCCGCGACGAAAAGGCCAUCAAGUCUCGCAGCAUUUCUGCCACUUGCAGCGCCCGCGCUGCCGGGGUGGCUGCGCGCAGUUCCCGCGCUCGGGGCGCCCCGCAGGCCGUGGAGGGCGGCUGCUCCCCGGCCCGCGCAGCGGCGCGGGGCGGUUUCUCGGAAACUUUCCUCCCUCAUCAUCUCUCCUCUGGGUUGAGAAAGAAGCGGAAGCCCCUACUUCUCUCCACAGUCAGACCCUCUACACCAAGCACCCUGCCAUAUUCCAGAUCGGUGGGGGGAUCUGAGCGAAGGGGAGAACCUUUCCGAAUCUGCGGACCCUCCGGGGCAGCAGCCCGCUCCCACCCCCACCCUGGGCUCCAAUGAUCCGCAGCCCCGCGCAUUUCGAAAGGCUUCGCGGCUCGCCGGCGGCCAAGGAGGACCGCAGCGACGCGCAGGAGGGGCCGAGCGCCACAGCCGCUUGCGGGGUCGCUUCCUCCUUUACAGCCGUUUUGCAAAAUCCAGCUCCCCCCCACCCCCACCCCCCAUCGCAUCCCCAGCUGUCCAACGCGUCGGACUGGGGCAGGGAAGAAAUAGGAAAACGUGGGGCCAGGGGCAUGACUGGGGGACAGAAGGGACCGUGGAAAUCCACAGGAUGGGAGCGGGGCGCGCGGCCUUUCAGGCCCCGGUGCGCCCACCGCCCCGGCCGCGCCAGGCGACCUUUCCCGGCGGCCGGGAAACCCCGUCUUCGCCAUUUCAUCUUCAUCAUUGUGAGCGUAACACUUGCUCUUCAUAAGCUUUUUAGGACUGAAAAAGGUGUUUUAAAAGCCUAUCUGGAUCUCCAAUCUGUUUUUCAGAGUGCGAAUUUCUUUUUUAAAUUUGCCAUCUCUUUUACCUGAGCCACACCCUACGCCCGCUCCCCUCCCUCCCGGCCAACAGGAAGGUAAAAAUCCUGUAAGCGAAACUGGGGAGGGGGACGGCGGCAGAGAAGAAGCGCCCACAGUCAGGCUAGAUCCCCCCACCCCCGCCUCAUCAACGGCGGGGUAAGGAGGAGGAAACCUCCCGGAUCUUGGCCCGCGUGGGGGUGGGGUGGAGUGGGGUGGGGUCAGCCUCAGUCAGACCCUGCAGAAGCGAAAGUAUUUACACGGACACUCAAGUCCCAGGCCUGUCUCGCGUGGGGACACACAGUAGGCAGGAAUCAGAAAGCACAAAAUACAACAAGAAAUCGAUGCGUGUUGGGCGCGAAGCGUCGACGCGCCUCAAAGGAACGCUAAGAAAAGGCAGGGAGAAGGGCGCGCAGCCGGGACGCGGGGCCGGGGGAUUGCAUCAUUGCAGCUCCCCCUCCAGAAAAUGGGCUCCGAACCGCGGCGACCAUCAUGGCGCUCGGGUCGGGCCGCGCUUCCCGCGCGCCUUCCCCGAGCGCUCGGGCCGCGGGCACCGAGCCCCAAACGAGCGUUUUGCAAACAUUUACCCCCACCCUCCUCCCUCGGGCGCCUGUUCCACCCCCCCCCCACCCCCGCUUCCUUUUGUGUGCCCGCGUAUGUGAGUGCGUGCGUCCGUCCGAGUGUGUAUAGGACUAGGGAACUUGAAGAUUAUUUUUUUCCUCUCUUUUUUCCCUCCCGGGCUGGUGGUUGUAAACUUGAUUGGCAUUGGCUGCGCCCACUGACCCCUGCGCCGAGUCCACUGAAAAUUUAAGGUGGAUCCGAAAGGCUCCAGCUUCUCGCGCUUUAGCUGGUUUGGGAGGAAAGGGAAGAAAAAAAAAAAAAAAGCCCCAAACCUUGCGCCCGGCGCGUUUUCACGAAUCCCCUGCGGUACCAGCCCCCGCGCCCGCCCCACCCGCCCGCCGCGCUCUUCCUCCGCCCACCUCCCGCUCCUUCCCCAUUGGCCCGACGGUGCAGUUUGAAUUUUUUUUUUUGGAUGCUUGUUUGCUUGUAAAAAAUACGGUACCCCACAUCGUGUGACGAAACCUAUUUCGGCGCCCCGAACUGGGGAGCUUCAGCUGGUUCUGGGGAGGAGGGUGGGCGGAGCAUCUGUCUGUUCCAAAAUUUUGCCCCAAAGUGCCGUUGACAGUGUGCAGGCGGGUGGGGGAGCGUGGGGCCGCGGUAAACAAACCCGAGCAGCUUUGGCGGGGGCAGAGAUGUAGUAUAAAACGUUAAUGGAUGUCCGGGGCACGCCGUUUCGCCGGCUGCUGGCCAGAGGUGCUAGGGAGGCGCUGACGGAAGCCCAGGAGAAGAUGCACCUUCCCCUGCCUUGGAAAGGACUCUUCCCCUCCUCCUGGAAAAUACUAUGGCCUGCUGUGGGUCUUUAAAUGAUGGAGCUGAAGAAGUGAAUCUCGCCACUUUGCCUCCACCCACUAGCUGCUUGUUCACCUUGCCUCCUCUUCUCACGGAAGCUGGUUGCCUGACUUGUUUUGGGUGCCGGCCCAUGUUUUGCCCUUUGCCGGUACAGGUGGUGUGAAUCUUCUAAGCAGGAAAACAAAUCUUCACUGAAAAGGGAGCAGCCGUGAUGGAGAGAGAGGAGGAAAUAACCGCUUAUCUGUAGCAUAUCCUCCACUGAAGAUUGUGGCUGGGGGCCCAGAGGUGGGGUUAUAUAUAUACCUGAGCAGCGCUGGGAACCCCGUGGAUAGUGGAGUGGAGCUCCAUCAUCAGUGGGACACCCGUUACUCCGCUGAAGAAGGACAAGAAAGAUUCUAUGGCCUCUUCAAUUCUAGACAAAAUUGGUACUCUGUCUCUUCUGCUUCAUUCUGUUUGCCAAAGCAAGUCACAUGGCCAGCCCCGAAGGUGGAGGAAGGAACCGUGGAGCCAAGGAACACAGAGCCUCUAGAAGCUGGAAGAGGCAAGGAAAAGGAGCCUCCCCUAGAGGCUCCAGAAGGGAAUGCAGCACCGUCAACACCUUCAUUGCCACCCGUGAGACCCAGGUUAGACUUCUAGCCCACAGUCCUGCAAGGCCAAGAAAAGCAAUGCGACGUAGAUCUAAGAGAUGCCCUCUACAGAGAUGAGUGAAAAAUCAAGAAUGUCCAACUUUGAAGAAUGCCACCAUGACAGAGAGAGACGGUCAAACUUCCACCUGAGAAAAUGGAGUCCGUAGAGCAAGAAGAUUAGGGCUUUGCAACAAGUUAUGACUUGUGUUCACGUUCUUGUGAACGCUGAAUACACGUCUGUACUAUGAUUACUGAUGCUCUGAAGAUGACGACCCUCCUGUAUCCCAAUAAGAUUCCUCGCCCAAGAAAUACAAGCUUAACUGUGGUCUUCUAAACCCGAGCACCCAAGGAAAUAUCCAGGGAAGUUGGGAGCUGAAGAACCAGGGGCAUGGAGAGGCCGGCGGCGCGGGAGCUGCAAGGCGCCGACGCGCUGCGCCGCUUCCAGGGGCUGCUGCUGGACCGCCGCGGCCGGCUGCACGGCCAGGUGCUGCGCCUGCGCGAGGUGGCCCGGCGCCUCGAGCGCCUCCGCCGGCGCUCCCUGGCGGCCAACGUGGCGGGCAGCUCGCUGAGCGCCGCGGGCGCCGUGGCGGCCAUCGUGGGGCUCUCGCUCAGCCCGCUCACCCUGGGGGUCUCGCUGGUGGCGUCGGCCGUGGGGCUGGGGGUGGCCACCGCCGGAGGGGCCGUCACCAUCACGUCCGACCUCUCCCUGAUCUUCUGCAAUUCCCGGGAGUUGCGCCGGGUGCAGGAGAUCGCCGCCGCCUGCCAGGACCAGAUGCGCGAGAUCCUGAGCUGCCUGGAGUUCUUCUGCCGCUGCCAGGGCCGCGGGGACCGCCAGCUGCUGCAGUGCGGGCAGAACGCCUCCAUCGCCCUGUACAACUCUGUCUACUUCAUCGUCUUCUUCGGCUCACGUGGCUUCCUCAUCCCCAGGCGGGCCGAGGGGGCCACCAAGGUUAGCCAGGCCGUGCUGAAGGCCAAGAUUCAGAAACUGGCCGAGAGCCUGGAGUCCUGCACCGGGGCCCUGGACGAACUCAGCCAGCAGCUGGAGUCCAGAGUCCAGCUCUGCACGAAGGGCGACCGUGGCCACGACCUCAAGAUCUCUGCGGACCAGCCCGCGGGGCUGUUUUUCUGAGAACAUCCUUUCCCCCUUGUGACCGAGGCCAGAAACCAUCCCCAUGGGAUGCUCCAGAUUUGUAGCUCCCUCAGGAAAACACCAAGUUGGAUUAGGAGCUGAACUGAAUGCAAAGGAUGAGAAAAACUGUUCUUGAAAUUUGGGGAAGGAGGGAGUCACAGACCUUCUUUCCGUAACACUAGGACAUCCUGCCUGGGGCUGAAUGCUAGGGACUUUUGACUUGCCAUAUCCUGUGGGACAUGUGACCCGAAAAUUAUUUUUCCUUUAUCAAAACGAUUCAGUCUCCACAACGGUGGGCGCUACUCUAUUGAAGUUGUUUCAGGGUCCCUGCCACAGCGCAGGUGGUUUGAGCAGGUUGGGGAGGGUGCCACGCAGCCACCCUCUGGGUCCUCUCCAAGCCCCAGUAGGCUUUGAGGUCCUCAGAAUGCCUGUGAGAGGAGACACUAGCUUUGAAACCUCUCUUUCCGAGUUUCUGAGUGUAAAAGAACUCCAGAAUCCAGAGCAAAUCAGACCCCCUCUGAACGGGCACGGCUCAUGACCCAAGAGGGUCCUCUCCCACUGAUGUGCCCUUCCCUCCCCUCUACUUGUACACGUUCUCAAAUCCAGCCUGGGGCAGAGUGCAUCUUCCUGGGUGGGGGAGGGAAUCAUAUCCAGACCUCCGGAUACCCUGGGAGAAAAACCAACUAAACGGUCCUCUAAUUCCUGCCCCCUCGCAACAGGAAGCAGAGGCCAAGGAAGAUGAAGUGACUAACAGCUUCAUUUACUGACAUUCUGGUGUACAGAAGAGAGCAGUGGCUUGGAGUGAGACAGCGCUGGGUUUGUUACUGGCUCUGUUGCUGCUGUGUGACCUUGGCUAGUUCAUUUCUCCGUGACUUGGCUUCCUGGUCUGUAGAACAGAUGCUAAACCCUCACCCUGUUGCGAGGUAUUAAGUGAGAUUAAGGUGCCAAGGGCAGUGUCUGGCUCACAAAGUGCGGCCCCUGGACUGGCAACGUUAGAAUCACCUGGGAACUUGUUAGAAAGGCAAAUUCUUGGACCCAACUGUCAACUUAAGGGAUCCGAAACCAGAGGUGGGGCCCAUCAACCUGUGUGUAAGCAAGCCCACGGGGCGGGGGGGUGGGGGGGUGAUUCUGAUACCUAUUAAGGUUUGAAAAUCACCGCAGCAGAUACUGGUAUCCGACCCCCUUGUGGGCAUUUAUGAAGUUUUAUGGCCUCCCUAGGGGCUCCGUGGUCUUCAGAGUCAUUCACAGAAGGUCAAGGACAGACAGUGUCCCAAAAGCAAAAGAAAGAAUGUGUUUGUGCGUGAGAUACGUCAGUGCAUCCUGGGGCAAUUUCCCACCAUAUGAAGUAAGGGAUAUAACAUAAUAACCCCUUUAGAGGGCAGUGUUGCCCAAUCAUUGUAGAAACUGGUACCUGAAGGACUGUGAACUUAAUGCAGAUUGACCUUUGUUACCUUCUAUGAAAACCGCCAGACCAUGUAUUGUGUUUUUAAUUUAUUUUAAGUUUGUUAUUUAAUUACCAUUUAUUAUUUGCAUUUAAUUUUAUUUAAUCACCACACCACAUUUAGGAAGUAAUAGGAAUAGCAGACUUCUGAAUGGGAGACUAUGGACGCUCUUUUAAGGAGAUGAGGUUGAGUUUGCCUUCGUCAGGUGGCUCAUGAGCUGGAAAAAGCAUCGCUCUCCUUGAAUAAGUCUCUCUCCGUCAGAGGGGACUUUCAUUCCCCAGCAAAGGCGGGAAGUUCUGAACAGAGAGAUGGGGCCGAAUUUAAGCUUAUCAGUGGAGGUUUGGCUUGCGGGCUCUAGAAAUGAUGCAAGCAUAUUUAUCCUGAAGGCAGUUGGCCAGCAAAUAACACUUGAUCUGAAAAGUGAACCUGUUUUAUUCAGGGGAGAACCCCAAUUUAGAGGCACGUGAAGGAAACACUCAGACCAUGGGAAGUCUGAUGUCCUGUGAAGUUAUGUCUUAGGGAUGACAGGCAAAAUAGCUUGUGUCAUGGUGGCGAUGUGUCAUAUUUUCACUUUGAGAUCUGUAAGGAAUCUGUAAGCUGUCUCUAAGAAAAUACGUAUAACUUUUUCAAUUUCCAUUCCUACAACUGUAAUGUUAAAAAAUAUGUCGAAAAGUAUUUCGGGAUACUUUGGGACCACACACGCAAUACUUGGCUGUGUUAUUUAAUUAUUUAACAUGCUUUAAAUUUAUCCAGUCUACCCCCAUCUUUCCCAAAUGAUAGCCGAGUGUCUGAGGAACUGUACUUUCAGUGCUGGGGGAAGGGGUUAGUGGUUGUAAAUUUUUAUUUUUACCACAAAUUGCAAUUUCUCUGUAUCCUGGUUUCUUUUGAAGUUGGUACUGGUUUCUUUUUAAACUGGUGUCGUUUCUUAGGCUACCUUGCACAGAUAGCUAGCAUUGUAGAUCACCAGAAUGUACUUUGCAUUGUCGUUUGUGUUAUAUCACACAGGUACAACCACUCCCUAACUCCAGCUUUUAUUAAAGCUGAAGUUUGAGUUAUAGUCUUCCAGUGGGUAGGUUGUUCCUUCCCUAAAAAUAAACUGGGCAUUUCGGGAAGCAGCAAUAGCAAACUUUUCCUAUCAUUAGGGUACUUCCUAUCACUAGGGGAUAUCAAAGUCAUAAACUCCCAGUUAUCAUUUCAAUGGCCCUCUUUACACCUAAGGAAGAGUGUCUACUUUGGAACAACACUCCGCACAUAAUAGGAGCACAAUAAAUGCAUUUGAAUAAUUUAAUGAACUGUUUAGCUACAUUAAUAGGAAUUUGUCGAUAAUGAAAGCUUACCCACCCUCUUAUGUGUCUGUUAUAAAGAUUGGAGCCUCUACCAGGAUUUAGUCAAUUUCAGUUAAAUGGAUCCUAGAGAUAAAUUUUUAUUUAUUUCUUUUGUGGGAAUGUGAAUAAGGCUUUUCCUUAAGGCCUUCAUUCUAUAAACAAACAGAUUGAAAUGGUAUGUUGUAAAAGGAAGAAGGGAGAGGAGUAUUUGGAUUAUAAGUGUAUUUCAGGAAAAUGUCCGAGUUUGAAAAAUAAAAAUUUUGUACUUGGGUCUAA